UGCAGGGCCGGUGGGUUCUACACAGCGCAGGUCUGGCCUGGGCUGCGCCUCGUCUCCCUCAACAUGAACUUCUGCUCCCAGGCCAACUUCUGGCUCCUCAUCAACGCCACGGACCCUGCGGGGCAGCUCCAGUGGCUCAUGGGGGUCCUGGCAGAUGCUGAGCGUGAUGGGGAGAAGGUGCACAUCAUUGGGCACAUCCCCCCGGCCCACUGCCUGCACAGCUGGAGCUGGAACUACUACCGCAUCAUCAGCAGGUUCGAGGGCACCAUCGCAGCACAGUUCUUCGGGCACACACACCUGGAUGAGUUCGAGCUGUUCUACGAUGAGGAGACGCUGUCACGCCCUGUCUCCAUCGCCUUCGUGGCA